AUGGCGGAAAAAAACUCGGCUGAAACUCAUCAAGUAGAAUUACAGUCAAUCUUGUCCUUGGCAGGGAUGGCGAUGAAUUUAAUACAAACAAUAAGUCAUUUUUUGUUGAUGAUUAAAUCUCGUUUCGAGAACAACAUGCUUCUAGCCGCACAUUCAACAGAGCGAAAAAGCUACUGGAAGGAAAGGGUUAGUGAAAAAUCAAGACGAAAAGCUAACAGACAGCGUCGAUCAGCCUGGUAUGUAAAAGGAAGAACAGACAAGUGGUGGGAUAAUAUGAUUUCAGGAAGAUUGCCAGAAAAUAACUGGAAGAAAAACUUUCGAAUGUCCAGGCAACAGUUUGAGAAAUUAGUGAAUGAACUAAACCAAUUAAUUGCACCAAACCUAACUUCUCCCAACUAUCGGGUAAUUUCAUCAACGAAAAAAGUCGGCAUUGCUCUUUACUAUUUAAAAGACACUGGCUCACUAUCAAUGACAGCCAAUGCCUUUAAUGUUAGUAUUUGUACAGUGUCUAAAAUUAUAAGGGAAGUGUGCUCAGCCAUAACCUAUAAGCUGGGCCCAAAAUAUGUCAAGUUACCCCAAACAGCAGAAGAUAUGAUUGAAAAAGCAUCGGAGUUUUUGUCAAAGUACGGAAUGCAUCAAGCUUUUGGAUGCAUCGACGGCACCCAUGUGCCUAUUUUAAGACCAACUGAACACUCCCAAGACUACUUUUGCUAUAAGCAGUACUUUUCCUUGAACGUUCAAGCUAUUUGUGACUUUAAGGGAAUGUUCAUGGACAUAGAUUGCACGUAG